AUGCGUAAAGAAACGCGCCGGCAGCAGCGGCACAUGAAGACGCAUGGUCCAGCCGUGCGGCAGAGUGAUGUGCCGUGGGUAACAAUGCCGUAUACUUUUGCAUCAGAGAGUGUGAACGAGACGACAGAUGACGGUUUCGAGGGCCUCGAUAUGGCCGACGACGACUUUCUUGGACUGCAGACGGCCGAGGGCUUUGAUGUCGUGUAUGAGACGGAUGAGACGGGAAAUCGACGCGCUAAGAUUGUCAAGCUGAAUGAAACGAACAAGCGCAAACAGAAACAAAAAGAGGCACCAAUUAAACCGUACCCUGCCGAGCCUAUCAAGAAACGCAAAGUGGACGAUGAUGAGGAUGUGGGCGCGAUGCUCCAAGCAGCGCGCGAGCGUGGUAUUCUGGAGCAAGAUGACACGGGUGACGAUGGAAAGGAAGAUGCUGAUGCUUCCGCGCCCGGAUGGGCACCAUAUGCACUGCACCCUGUCCUGAAAAAAGCGAUGGUCGCGCUGGGCUUUAACACGCCGACAGAUGUGCAAGCAGCGACUUUACCGCCAUCUCUCGGCACCGACGCCAUGCCGCCUCGGGAUGUCGUUGGUGUGGCCCAGACUGGCAGCGGUAAGACAUUGGCCUACGCACUUCCGAUUCUGCAGUAUAUCCUGGAAAACACGGCGCACAGCCAAGACCCGGCGCGGUCAUUGGAGGCCCUUGUCCUGACGCCCACGCGUGAACUUGCACUGCAAGUGUGUUCGCACAUCCGUGCAGUGGUAGAGGCGGGCGGACGCUUUGCGAACGUUGCGGCCAUAUGCGGUGGCAUGUCGGUUCAGAAGCAGGAGCGGGUGUUGCUGCAGCAUGGCGGAGCCCAUAUUGUGGUGGCGACGCCUGGUCGGCUGUGGGACAUGAUCAAGCACGACGAUGCGCUUGCACUGCGUGUCCGGCGCACACGCUUUCUCGUUAUUGAUGAGGCGGACCGCAUGAUUGAGGCGGGGCAUUUUGCUGAGAUGGAUUUGCUGCUGCAGAUGGUGCGCCGCACGAAGGGCGCAGCAGCUGAUGCCAAUCCCGACAUGCAGACGUUUGUCUAUUCGGCGACGAUGUCCAAGGCUCUUCAGACAAAUCUAAAGCGGGCGUUGUGGCGCAAGAAGCAGCGACGCGAGGCCGAACCUUCCAACACACUAGAUGAUUUAUUGGCACGCGUUGAUUUCCGCGACGCUGAGCCAGUCGUGAUCGAGAUGGCGACGCAGCGCCAUGUAGCAGAUACGCUAUAUGAAGCCAAGAUGGAGUGCGUCGGACAGGAUAAGGACGCGUACUUGUACUAUAUCUUGCUGCGGUAUCCGGGACGCACUCUUGUGUUUGUGAAUGCGAUCGACGGUGUGCGUCGUCUUGUGCCGCUCUUGACGCUACUGGGCAUACCUGCAUACCCAUUACACGGACAGUUGCAACAGCAGCAGCGGCUCAAGAACUUGGACCGUUUCCGACGUGCGCCGCACGCGGCGCUACUGGCCACAGACGUCGCAGCACGUGGUAUCGAUAUUCAGGGCGUCGAUCAUGUGGUGCACUUUCAAGUGCCGCGCUCGGCAGACACGUAUGUCCACCGCGCUGGUCGUACGGCACGAGCUGGUCGAGAGGGUGUAUCGAUUGCCCUGAUUGAGCCCAGUGAGCUGCGGCUCUGGCGUGCCAUAUGGCAAGCCCUCGAACGGCAGGACACGGUGCCUACGAUGCCUGUCGAAUACACGUUCCUCACGCCGAUCCGCGAACGACUUGCCUUGGCGCGCGACAUCGAUGCGUUGUCGCAUGCUCAGACGAAAGAGUCGCAUGAUGACCACUGGCUGCGUUCCUUGGCGCGUGAAGCAGACGUGGAAUAUGAGAGCGACGAGGAACCGGACCCGGACGCCAAUGUAUCGCACCAUAGGCGCCACUCCUCGACAAAAGCGCGUGUCGCGCAGCUCAAGGCGCAGCUGGCACACAUGCUUUCACGCCCUCUUCAAGCACGUGGUAUGAGUCAAAAGUACCUGACGAGCACCACACGCCCUGGCUAUGUACAUGCGUUGCUAGAAGGACGGCAUGCGCCGCAUAUGCUGGGUAUGACACGGUCCAAGAUCCAUGAUGAUAUGAGCGCCAAGAAGCAACGUACAUAG